GGGGGGGCUGACAUCCCAACCAUUCUGCAUACUUGCUAAUCUAUAUUUAAAAGCCUAUUCCUCCCCUUUCCUCCUUUCAAACCAUACUGUGCUUAAUCUUGAUUCUUGAAAACAUUGCCAUCGCUCAUCUCUUGUUGCAAUACACUGAACCUGAAACCUUAUCUGGUCUUAUCCGGUAUCAACUACACGUCUUCAGACUUAUCUCACAACAAGCCUCUCACAAUGCCUUACGUAUCUGCUGCUCGCUAUGGCAAGGACAAUGUCCGCGUCUGCAAGGUUGAUCGCGAUGCCUCUACUGGCAUCCAGACCGUCACUGAGAUGACCGUCUGCUGUCUUCUCGAGGGAGAGAUUGAGACCUCCUACACCAAGGCCGAUAACAGUGUUGUCGUUGCCACCGACUCUAUCAAGAACACCAUCUACAUUACCGCCAAGCAGAACCCUGUCAACCCUCCUGAGUUGUACGCCUCUAUCCUCGGUAGCCACUUCAUCGAGAAGUACAGUCACAUUCAUGUUGCCAACGUCAACGUCAAGACUGUUCGCUGGCAGCGUCUGGAGGUUGAUGGCAAGCCUCACCCUCACAGCUUUUUCAAGGAUGGUGAGGAGACCCGAAAUGUGGAGGUUCGCGUGAGCCGACAGGAAGGUAUCCAGAUCAAGAGCUCUCUUGUUGGCUUGACUGUACUUAAGAGCACCGGUUCUGCUUUCCACGGCUUUGUUCGCGAUGAGUACACAACUCUUCCUGAGACCUGGGAUCGUAUCUUCUCAACCGAUGUUGAUGCUACAUGGAAGUGGAAGAAAUUUGACUCACUGAACGCUGUCAAGGCCUUUGCUCCCAAAUUCGACAGUGCUCGAGAGGCGGCACGCAACACCACCCUCAAGAUCUUUGCCGAGGACGACAGUGCUAGUGUGCAAGCCACCAUGUACAAGAUGUCUACUCAGAUUCUCGAGCUUGUACCCGAGAUUGCGACAGUCACUUACGCACUGCCCAACAAACAUUACUUCGAGAUUGACCUGAGCUGGCACAAGGGACUCAAGAACACAGGCAAGGAUGCUGAGGUUUAUGCGCCCCAGUCUGGCCCCAAUGGUCUUAUCAAGUGCGAAGUGUCUCGUGACAACUUGCAAUCAAAGCUAUAAAGGGGCGUUGAGAAAGGUUGUAUUCUGCGGCGAUAGAUGUCAAGAUGGAACGUUAUUAUGAACCCAGGAUAAAGAUUGAUACCAAGCGAUGAACUUAGAUUCUAGCACUAGAUAUGAUUUUAGUAAUUAUGUUAAUUUUGCUA